UGGGGUAAUCAUUCAGACGCAGUUGUCUCAUCGUCCUCCGGCCUCUCAAUUUUCUUCAACUUCCACAGUUCUUCUCCAGCCCUUCUCUUGGUUUGUGUUAUUUAGAUUGUCUUUUUCCAUCAUGUUUAAGCUCGCGCGCAGCAGACCAAUUGCUGCGGCCUUCAGGCCUAUCGUGGAAACACCUCUCAGAAGCGCCCUUCAAAGCCAAAAAAGAAACCUCUCCAUCCACGAAUACCUUUCCGCCAACUUGUUGAAAUCUUACGGAAUCGGAGUUCCCAAAGGCGAGGUCGCACGCACUGCGGAUGAGGCUGAAGCUGUUGCUAAACAGCUAGGUGGGGAGGAUGUGGUCAUCAAAGCCCAAGUUCUGGCCGGCGGUCGAGGUAAAGGUACUUUCGACAAUGGUUUGAAGGGAGGUGUUCGUAUCCUCUACUCUCCCACCGAAGCCCGAAUGUUUGCAGGUCAAAUGAUCGGACAUAAACUCGUCACUAAACAAACCGGAGCUCGCGGGCGCAUCUGCAACGCUGUUUACAUUUGCGAGCGCAAAUAUGCUCGCCGAGAAUUUUAUCUCGCCGUUCUUAUGGACCGCGCUUCUCAAUCCCCGGUGAUUGUUUCUUCUUCGCAGGGUGGUAUGGAUAUCGAAGCUGUUGCGAAAGAAAAUCCAGAGGCUAUCACUACCACAAAGAUCGAUAUCAACGUCGGAGUCACCGACGAAAUCGCUCGCAAAAUCGCCGCCGGCUUAGGCUUCUCGGAGCAAUGUCUCGAGGAGGCAAAGGACACUAUCCAGAAAUUAUACAAGGUUUUCAUGGAGAGGGAUGCUACCCAGAUUGAGAUCAACCCCCUCGCUGAGACUACAGACUACAGAGUUCUUGCCAUGGAUGCAAAGCUCAACUUUGACGAUAACGCCGAAUUCAGACAAAAGGAGGUCUUUUCUUGGAGAGACACCACUCAAGAAGAUCCCGACGAGGUCAAGGCGGCUGAGUUUGGAUUGAACUUCAUUAAGCUGGAUGGCGACAUUGGCUGCUUGGUCAACGGGGCCGGUUUGGCCAUGGCCACCAUGGAUAUCAUCAAGCUCAACGGAGGCAAUCCGGCUAAUUUCUUGGACGUUGGCGGUGGUGCUACCCCAUCCGCCAUUAAAUCGGCCUUCGAGCUUAUCACUAGUGACCCGAAGGUUACUGCCAUCUUUGUUAACAUCUUCGGAGGUAUUGUGCGAUGCGACGCCAUUGCCCAAGGACUUAUCAACGUGGUCCGUGACAUGAACCUUCGUACUCCUAUCGUCGCCCGUUUACAGGGCACGAACAUGGAGAAAGCUCAUCAACUGAUCAACGAUUCGGGACUGAAGAUAUUCUCCAUUGAGGACCUUCAGAAUGCGGCCGAAAAGUCGGUCCAGUUCUCAAAGGUUGUCAAGAUGGCUCGUGAUAUUGAUGUUGGGGUCGAAUUCACGCUUGGUAUUUAAGCGCACAGUGGCUAGUUGCUAUCUCCUUACUCCCUAUCUAUACCUCGACACAUUUCCAAACGAAUCCAUGCAACGCCGCAACUGUUUCUCUGUGCUGCUAACUUCUCCUUCGCAUUCUGUCAGACGAAGAAGGACCUCAAUGGUUGGCGACAGCUGUCGCCCCGGAUUCUAGGGGCUAUGGUUGAAUGGAGAUCCUUGCCACAGAGAUAAGAGAAUUUGUUCUAAUAGAGGCAGAUUUGGUAGCCAGGGAAUAUCCACGCAAUGGAUACUCCAGAUUUCCCUUUGCCCAACUUUCCUUCCUCCGUGAUAUCCGUGAUACAAAUGGCCGAUAAUGGCAUUCGUUUACCCUGAUGUAUUUUACUCGUACUUCCCGUCAUUUUCCUACUCAUUGUAUAGGAUUUCUUUUUCGACCAGGUAGAGUUUUGGAAAAUUGCUCAAUAUUUUCUUUUUCUAUACUCCG